AUGGAAACUAAACCACAGAAACGAAGACGUAUAGUAAAGACAUGCUGGGAAUGUUAUAGAAGAAAACAAAAGUGUAAUCGUGGUCAACCAUGUGAUGUUUGUAUUUCUAGAAAUGUACCGGAGAAGUGCUCCUAUUCUAGUUCAACACCAUUGGAUGACCUGAAAGAUUCUCGGCACGUUGGAGGACCAUUGACCGCACGUACACGAGAUGAGGAAAUCAUUCUGAAGUCAGGUUCAACACCAUCCGAUCUUUUCGGUCAAGUAGGAUAUGGUCCUUAUAACAAUUCAUUUAGCGGAUUACAAAAGUCAUUUCAUAUCAAUGAUGAAUUAUCUACAUUCGUGGGAUCAUCUUCAUCAUCUUCAUUGUCUCAUCCUGGUUUACGGCAUAAAUUUCUAAGUUUAGUUAUACAACUACCGUCUCAAUCUAUCAUUUCCGAACUCAUCGAAUCAUUUCUCCUAGAAGUACAUUGGUAUUUCAAAAUAUUGGAAGAACAAUAUUUUAUAACCCUUCUCAAAUCAUGGCAAGAUAUACGUAAUACUUUAUCAGGACAAUCAGAUCUAGGAAGUAUUUCUAGAGAUCUUCAAUAUUUUCCCGCAUUACUAUUCCAAGUUCUUGCCGUUUCUUUACAAUUCUUACCACCGAACACGGAAGCCUCCAAGGUACUUCAUUUAGAUACUUUGCUAGAUUGUGAUAGACUUUCUCAUGAAUAUAGCAAGAUUGGUAUGGAAAUCAUGUCUCUGUUAGGGAGACAUAGUUCUACUUUGACAGCUGUUGAACAUGAUAUGAUGAAAUCUGCUUGGUUGAAGAAUUACAGUAGAGGUAGCGAAGCAUGGCACUUGUUAGGUAGUGCAAUCAGACAAGGUCAAGAGAUGGGCCUUCAUUUACAAGCUUCAAUUCCGAAAGUUACAGGAGAGGAUAUUGGGGUUGAAUUAGAAAAGUUUUGUCACAUGUCAGUAAUGCUCGGAAGGCCUCGUUCAAUUAAUGCAAGUGAUUGUACAGUUAAGACACCAAUCGAUUGCACAUUUCCUGACGAUCCAUCAAAAACUAUACCCACAGUCGCACUCUUACAAGAUCCCCAAUCCCCACCGUCCACCUACUCGACGCAACUAUUUCAAUACUCCCUAGCUCAAAAGAUUCACGAAUUGUUGGCAGCUGGAGCCCAUAGACCUCACAUGAAGGACUACUCAUUCGUCACAAACCUCUAUAACGAAGUUGUCUCCAUGGUUGAUGCGCUACCACCUACUUUACGACUUGAAAAUACAGAUAAAUCAUGGGACAAUGAAGAACCUAGCCUUCCUCGUCAACGGUAUGCAACAGCCAGUGCUGCACAUUUAUUUCUCAUGGUUCUCCAUAGACCUCACGCACCAGUCCACACCGAAAGUCGAACUGCGUCCAUAAAAGCUGCGCUCGCCUGUCUGCAUGCCCAGGAACAAUUGUUUAAAUUAAUAAAACCACAUCAAUAUCGGAUCUACACGCUUUCAUUUACCUCUAUUGACUGUGGAAUAUUUUUAUCUGGAAUUAUAUUUGGAUCACCAAAUUUGGAGAAUGGUCUGAAGGGAAGAAUACAUGUUGCGAUUGAGAAAGCGAUUGGACGAUUGAUUAUGAUGCAGGAAAGCUGCCCUAUGGCAAAAUCAGGUCUACGAAUACUUACUAUUUGUCACGAGAGGAUUUUGAAACGUGAUAAGAAUGAUGGUGUGGUGACCAACAAGUCAGGGGUACUGGACCAGAUGGAAGGUCAAAAGGUCGAAGAGGGGCGAGACAAUGCAAUUACUAAAGAAGAUGGCGCCUCCCCACAAAAUCCAUAUAGUUUCGAAGCCCAGCAAUCCGAGUCAACGAUUCCACCACAACAGUUCAAUGCUACAACUAUCCCCGGCAUUGACUUCAAUAAUUUCGAAAUGGACACAUCAUUUUGGGAAGAAAUGAAACAAAUGAUUGAUUUUGAUGUGGGUUUUUCACAUUCAACAGAACGAUUCUCUGGGUCUAUAAUGAAUGAGAAUCUCACAUCGUUACAUGCGAAAGUAGCAAGUGACACCUUUGAUCCGUAUUUCAACGAGGAUCACAACGACUACUCCAAUCGGCAAGAGAUUAAGAUGGGCACUCCCGAUACAUUCAUGAAGUGUCCUACUGUCUCAAUUAUGGAAAAGAUCACUAUCAAUUUGUGGUCGCCUCAAUGGAUUGUACAUGAAACUAGUACAGAAUGCGCCUGCGAUUUACAGAAAACGCCAUCAGCAGCUGAAACAUAG